AAACCACACCUCGAUCGCUCUCAGAAUCACCUACAAAUUGUCCAGAUCGACUUCUUCCUCUCAUCCUCUGUAGUACGUUCGAUCAGCUAUAGCCAUGAACACUGCGAGAUACACCGGCGGCAAGGUUACCGCUGGCUACGGCCGCGGCGCCACCGGGUUUGGCCGGAGGAGCAAGUGCAAUGUGGUGAAGGCGUCGGCGGCGGGUACUGCGAGCAGGGCGCCGGACUACUACAAGGUGCUGUCGCUGGAGCGCACGGCGGACGUGGGCGCCGAGGAAGUGAAGCGCGCGUACCGGAGGCUGGCGCUGCAGUACCACCCGGACGUGUGCCCGCCGUCGCGCCGGGCCGAGUCCACGGAACUCUUCGUCGAGCUCCGGCGCGCCUACGAGACGCUGUCCGACCCGGCUACGAGGGUGCAGUAUGACGCCGAGCUGAGGACAGACCAGGUGAUGGGCGGCAGGCGGCCGUCGUCGGCGGAUGGGUUCGCGAGGGACGUGUGGGAGGCGCAACUGUCCGUGCUGCGGGCGCGCUCCGAACGGCGGCAGAAGGCCAGGAGGUGCGGCAGCGGCCGCAGAUUCUAGCUAGCUAGCGCCUAGCGGGGAGAAUUAAGAUCCCGUGUUCUGAUUGAUUAUUUGACUGUGUAAAGAUCUUGUUUUAGCAAAGUUGAUUCAUUGGAACUUUGGCUAGCUGGCACUCGUUUGUUAUCCUUGUACUUGUGCAUGUGUUGCUUACUCUGUUUGAAACAGGGACAGAAACUCAUUUCAUUAGUUAAGAGAGCCC